GUCAGUUUUUAUCAGGACAGCCCAGCUCAGUGUCGCCUCUGUCUCCGGUGUGAAACAAACAGUGGAGAACUGCCCCUGGAAACAAAAAAGGGGGAUCAGGGUUGUUUCAUUGUUUCCAUUUAUCAGCAAAGGCAAACUCUCAGACUGAAGGAUUACUCCUGGAUCUUUUGUUUCUUCUUUUGUGUAAAGAAAGCGUAUGAAGAUCAGAGCGCACAUGGAUCUGAGCUACACCGUGCUACUCCUGGUCCUGUGUUCCCUCAACAAGAUGCUGGUGGAGGCAACAGCUAAAGACGUUCACAAGGAACCAGCGAAUCAUUCAGUGAACCACGGAGAUCUGUUGAGACAGUCCAAAAUCACCAUGGCCCAGUACAGAUGUUUCCAGAGGAUAACAGAGUCGCAGCACAAAACAAAAACGACUGCGGAGCCGAUGUGCAACAUGACGUGGGACGGCUGGCUGUGCUGGGAUGAAACUAAAGCUGGCGUCAAAGAGCAGAACUGUCCAGACUACUAUGAUGAUUUUGAUACACACGUGAUGGCUCAAAAAGUUUGCACAGAGACUGGAGAGUGGGCACGGCAUCCGGAGAGCAACAGGACGUGGACCAACUAUACAAACUGCAAAGCCAACUUCACACAUCACGGAGAGCAGGCAACAAUGACUCACUUCUACUUGGUUAUGAUCGGUCAUGGACUUUCGCUGCUGUCUUUGCUGAUUUCACUAGGAAUUUUUUUCCAUUUUAAGAGUCUGAGCUGCCAAAGGAUAACUCUCCACAAAAACCUCUUUCUCUCCUUCAUGCUUAACUCGAUUGCGACCGUUAUUGUGCUCACAACGUUAGCGAAGCAAGGACACAAAUAUGCUGACUCUAUAAGCUGCACACUGAUGGAGUUCAUCCAUAUGUACCUUAUGAGCUGUAACUACUUCUGGAUGCUUUGUGAGGGCAUCUACCUGCAUACUCUGAUAGUUGUGGCUGUGUUUGCAGAAGAACAGCAUCUCCUUUGGUAUUAUCUGCUGGGUUGGGGCUUUCCAAUCAUGCCGGCAGUGAUAUACUCAAUAGCGCGUAACUUUUACUACAGUGACAAGUGCAACAUAAAUACUUCCUUGCUUUACAUUAUCCAUGGACCCAUCUGUGCUGCAUUGGUGGUGAACCUUUUCUUCCUGCUGAACAUCGUUCGGGUUCUCAUCACCAAGCUGCGAGUGACACACCAGGCCGAGUCCAGCCUCUACAUGAGGGCUGUGAGAGCCACCCUCAUUCUCAUCCCUCUUCUUGGUAUCCAGUUUGUCCUGCUCCCAUAUAAACCUGAUGGCCACUCUGAGAUCUAUCACUACAUCAUGGACAUCCUGAUGCACUACCAGGGUCUCUUGGUUUCGACAAUAUUCUGCUUCUUCAACGGGGAGGUUCAGAGCAUUCUCCGGAGAUACUGGAAUCAACAGCGGAUGCAGUUUGCCGGUACUUUCGCCAACGCUGACAUCUUCCGCUCGGCCUCCUACGUGGCGUCAUCGCUGACCGAAGUCCACCGAUGCUACAGCAUCGAGAGUCACACUGAGCACAUGAACGGCAAGAGCUACUCAGACAUAUUCAGAUCGGACAGCCCAUUUGUGUGAAGCUCUUCAGGUUCACGACUUACUGUUUUGCUCUCCUCCCAAAGUAUUUUGAGAACUAACAGAGGUAUUUUUUCCAUUUUCAAAGCAAAAAACAAAACCAAAAGACACCCUCCCAUAUUUCACUUCAUUAGAAGGACUGUGAGAACAAAGACUUAAGAUCCUAUGAAGAUAAUACCAUUAAACAACAAUAAAGUGUACUGCACUGUGCAGAUAACCUAGAGAAUAUUUCUUUUUUGUAUUGUGCGGAUAUCUUUUCUGGGCAUUUUCAAGAGCUUGAUGGAAUUUAAAAAUAGACGGUAAACUAAGUGAAAUACUGCUUCCUCUAUCAUCACUCCUUCUGACACUUCAAGUUUCAUGGAGGAGCUCAGUGUCGUAGCUGUUUACUAUUAAGCUGAAUGGCAAGCAUGAAGAGCAAGAAGUUUUAUUUAUAUUAUUUGUAGUGAUUAUCAGUGGCAUCUGUAAAGUACAUGUAAAAUAACGUAAACUAAAAUAGAAACGGAUAAAAAGACACAUUCAAAAAUAACCUGCUCGCUUUGCAAAAUGUCAAUUAUGCUUUAGCUGUUUGUCAAUUAAAGAUAUGCAGCAUGGGACGAGGACUGAACUCAUCUUUGAGGUAAAUUUUCUAUUUAUGUAGUUCUUGUUUUCUGAGUGAGGUCCACAAAAUAAUUUUGCCUGGCUUGGCGACAGCUCCAAUCUCUAUUAAGUUAAUACUUAAUAGAUAAGCAUACUGGUUUGGCUCACUGUUGUUUUAUUCCAAAAUGCUGGAGACGUGAUUGAUAUGUUUGUACAUAAAUUUGAUUGUGUAUGAAUGACAUGUUGUAAGGGACUUAACAUAAUGUUGUUUUCAUUAGUUUCAGUUAUAAACCAUUCGUUGUAUAUAGCAAUAUUGUCACAUAAACUCAUAACUUCUGGA